CCGACAACUAAACCCCCCAUGCAGCCAGCCCGUUAACAGCAGCGCAGUGUCAGUGACGCUACACCGUGAGCGAACAUCCAAACCGACUGUUUGUUCUAAGCACAAGUCAAAUUAACGGUGGCGUAGCAAAACGCGGCAGUAGUAUUGCAAGGCCCUGGAUGGAUAGCCUCGACCCCGAUACCCUGUAUGUGUCCCCGGAGCAGACUGGACAGCCCACACUCCCCCUCCCUAACUCGGACAUCUCCAACUUGGCACUAGGGGGUGGGAAAAAGAUGAAUGGGUCUUUGGACCACCCCGACCAACCAGAUGUUGAUGCCAUUAAGAUGUUCGUGGGACAGAUUCCCCGGUCCUGGUCUGAGGAGCAGCUUCGGGAGCUGUUUGAGCCUUACGGAGCAGUCUAUGAGAUUAAUGUUCUUCGAGAUCGCAGCCAGAAUCCACCACAGAGCAAAGGCUGCUGUUUUAUAACGUACUAUACUCGUAAAUCAGCCUUGGAAGCACAGAAUGCUCUGCACAACAUGAAGAUUCUGCCAGGGAUGCACCACCCAAUCCAGAUGAAGCCAGCUGACAGUGAGAAAAACAAUGCAGUGGAGGACAGGAAGCUGUUUAUUGGAAUGAUCUCCAAGAAAUGUAACGAGAACGACAUCCGACUCAUGUUCUCACCGUACGGACAGAUAGAGGAGUGCCGGAUACUUCGAGGCCCCGACGGGCUCAGCCGUGGUUGUGCAUUUGUGACGUUCACAGCUAGACAAAUGGCCCAGUCGGCCAUCAAGUCCAUGCACCAGUCCCAGACCAUGGAGGGCUGUUCAUCACCCAUCGUGGUGAAGUUCGCAGACACUCAGAAGGACAAGGAGCAGAAGCGCAUGGCCCAACAGCUGCAGCAGCAGAUGCAGCAACUCAGUGCUGCUUCCAUGUGGGGAAAUCUCACGGGGCUCAACAGCCUGGGGCCACAGUACCUAGCACUCUACUUACAGUUGCUGCAGCAGUCGGCCUCAACGGGGAACGCACUCAACAACCUGCACCCUGUUUCAGGUCUUAAUGCCAUGCAGAACCUGGCAGCUUUAGCAGCAGCAGCAACUGCCACACAGGCCACGGCCACAGGCUCCAGCGCCAUGACAACAUCUAGUAGCCCACUAAGUGCACUAACAAGCUCAGGCUCCUCCCCCACCUCCAGCAACAACUCAUCAGUGAACCCCAUGGCAUCUUUGGGGGCCCUGCAGUCUCUGGCUGCUAGUUCCGGAGCCGGCCUCAACAUGAGCUCGCUGGCAGGCAUGGCAGCGCUGAAUGGCAGCCUUGGCUCUGGGGGCCUGUCUAACGGCUCAGGAAACACCAUGGAGGCACUGAGCCAGGCCUACUCAGGCAUCCAGCAGUAUGCUGCUGCCGCCCUCCCCAGCCUGUACAACCAGAGUCUGCUGUCGCAGCAGAGCGUCUCAGCAGCUGGCAGCCAAAAGGAAGCCAGCGACAGUCGCAGCACCGGUCCAGAAGGUGCCAACUUGUUCAUUUACCACCUGCCCCAGGAGUUUGGAGACCAGGACCUGCUCCAGAUGUUUAUGCCCUUUGGAAACGUCAUCUCUGCUAAAGUCUUCAUUGACAAACAGACAAACCUCAGCAAGUGUUUUGGCUUUGUGAGUUAUGACAACCCCGUGUCAUCACAGGCAGCCAUCCAGUCAAUGAAUGGUUUCCAGAUCGGUAUGAAGAGGCUGAAGGUGCAGCUGAAACGCUCAAAGAAUGACAGCAAGCCCUACUGAUGGUGCUGAGGCACUGCAGACUUAGUUAGGCAGGGUGGUGUUAUGGUAAGUGGAGUAUGAAUAACAAACUAAGACUGGUCCACUCAGAAACUUGUCUGUGCAUUACAGGGUGAUGUCUGCCGCGCUGCCUCUCCUGGUCAUUCUAUCAUGUCCAGGCAAAGAGACACAUGAAGCUACAUGCAAGAUUUUUCAGGCUAGACUGGAUUCUUUCUGUGUUCUGUUGUGGUUCAUGCACUUUGUUUUCCUUUUUAACCAUUGAGACAAACAGGUGUAUCUUCUUUAAGUUGAAAUGUUAUCAGUUUGCUGUGGUACAUAAUACACAUAUGAGUUGAUUGUUAGGAUGUGUUGCACAGUGACAGUCAGGUGCCAAAUCCAUCUGUUUUUACUUCCUGUCCCCCUCCCCAUCCCCAUCCCCACCUGCAUCACCCAGACCCAGCAUAAACCUCCUGAAAGCAGGCAGCAGCUGGAGAAGACAAGGCUCUACAUUUGAUUUCCAAAUCAUUACACGGUUUUCUUUUCUGUUUUUCACAAAGCAAAAAUGUGUGGGGUGUCCCCCCCUACGUAUGUAUCAGAUAUCUCUAUCUCUUAAAAUGGAGACAAUGUCUGUGAUGUCCAUCCUAAAUUUAGAUAAGGGUGAAGUACAGAAAGGAGGAGCUCCACCAAAACAUGCAGAUGAGUUUAAACUAUAUUUGUCCUGAGGAGCUGUUGGUUAGUUAUCGCUGUUAACUGGACUGCCACCUGUCUCUGACUUGUCGUCUGGGUGUAAGUCUCAGGUGGGUGACUUCACAUUUGCGUGUAGGUUUUUUUUUUUCACAAACACCGUCUGGAGUUGAUUUCUGUCUGAUAUUGCCUUUGUCGUAAUUUUCUUUAGACACACUUCCGAUGCAGUUAAAAUGGCAUGUAGUGACGUAGCUGUGGAGUUAUAGACUUUCCUCCAGAGGACGAAAAACACGGCAUGUUUUGGCGGAGCUCCUCCCGUGCUUCAGGUUGGGCUGACGUGUUUUGCGAAGACCAACUGUCAGCUACAGAUAAGCAAUACUGUGAAAUUUGGCAAUAAAACCAAAAACAUCAUAGGCUUUUUUUUCCACUCAUUUAAAUAUCUGUGUGAUGCAGAUGUGAUGCUUUGUUCGAACACAUUUCUAUGGUUUCAAUUAGUCUCUACCUUGAAUCCAGGUGUCAUCAACAUCCCUCAGCUACUGUCCUGCUAGCUCGUGGCUGGCUAUUUUACAGAGGGCUACACGACUAUGUCUCCCACUUGAAUAUCUUCUGUGACUGGAGAAUUCAUAUCAUGUCAAAUUGCUCAAGAUGAACCUGUUAGUUGCUUAAACUUGCAAGAAUGUGUUUUUUUUUUUUUUGUUCUUUUUUUAUAGAACUAGGAAAGCAAGACAAUUAUUGAGAUGUAUAUUUAAACUAUUAUGCCUUUUCUAUUUUUAUAUAGGUUUUAUACUUCCCCUGUGUGUCGGGGAACUAUUUAUUGCCUAAAUUAUUUAUCUGAAUUGAAAUUAUUUUGAAAAAAAACAAAAAACAAUGUAAAGUCCAACAACUCCAUUUGAUCUCCUGGUGUGUGUCCUCUCCUCUCCUUGCCUGUUCAGCGUUGUUUCUUUUUUUGCUGAUGUGUACUGCGUGUCAUGUGGCAUGGACUGUGUGUGUAGGAUCCAUCAGUGCUGCUACAGACUUCAUAGAAACCCCCCUUACAACCCCGCCCUCCCUUCUUCUCUGUUACACGUCUUCAUCUGAAUAAAUCACAAAUUUUCCAAAAAAAAAAACACAGGGAGCAUAGUUUAUUCUAAAAAGUUCAUCACGUGCCUGUUGGUCCUGUCUUCAUCUGACGAGUCCUGUCUGUAUUUCUAGCAGUAGAACUACUUUUAAAACUGAUUCUAGGUCCAGGUCCAAAGAUUGAGUCAGAGUUAAAACUAUGUGAUAUGAGAACGGCUCGACUGCUGUGGGGUCAUUCGGAUCAGUCACCAUGUUUUAUGGAAUAUUGUCCCACUUACUUCACGUUAUGGACAUUUCACGGUAUAUUGUUUACCAAAGCAUUCUUGCUGUUGCACAAGAAUCACAGUUAUGUAUCAGGGACUUAGUCUUCAUAGCUGAUCCAGCUGUGAUUCCAUUCCUGUUUGAUAAUGUGUCUGUGAAGUGUUUAGAAAUCAUUUAUCACAUGAACUGGAAGACUGAAAAACUACUGCAGGAGUCACUGCUCCAGAUAAAUGAAGCUAAUACUUUGUACAUUUAUGUGUUGAACUGAAGUCUUCAGUUUACCGCUGUUAUUUACACUUUGUCAACCUUCUGAGGGCGACUUGGUCGUACGUUUUUUUUAUACCAUCACCUAAAUUCACCUUCAGUGUUUGUUUCUAAAUGGUCAGAGCAUUUCGUCUUUAUCUCACCUCUUCAUAGGAUGCUUCUUUUGUCAGUGCUCAGCACCUUUUAGCUUUAGUUUUUACUGUGGCUGCGUGUCAAAGAGACAUGUUUCAAAGGCCCAAAAAUUUAAUGAAAAGACCAAAACCAACAAAGUGUUAGGUCAUCUUUCAGCACUAUCUCACUUCCCUGGUCUGCCUGUGUGUGUCUCUCUCAACCCAUUGAUCAUGCUGAGCGUGCACAUCUUAGCUCCGUAAUUUCCGCUGUUUUUAGCCAACCAUUACACAAAGAGGAAGAAAUGGUACAUUUGUUAGUGACUAUUUUCACUGGUGGAUUUAUCCACAUUUGGUACUCUAGUUAGCAUUUCAGACAGCAGGAUGGUGCAUGUGGGAUUCAUUCAUAAUAAACUUACAGUGUGUGUGUGUUCAUUGUAAUGAAGAGUGGAGCUCUGUGCACAGAGGGAAUGAAAUAACACACAGUACACACAGGAGGACCUAGUCAUUGUUUAUUUGGCCGUGUAUAUGGGAUUUGUUGACCAUAUGCAGUAUAUACAUAUAUAUAUGAAUAUCACAAGAAUGUUUGAAGCGGUCAGAAAUGAGUUGUUGUGAAAUAUGAUAAGACAUGAAAAGUAACAUCGCUCUACAAAUCAUGUAUUCUUUACAUUUUUUUCAUAUAGUAAUGCUUAGACGUCAUUUUCCUGCUGCUUUAGGCAUACAUUUCUUUACAUGAUGGUCUAGUCCAUCAGUGUUUGUGUUAAUCUUUGUUCAAAGUUGUUUGUUUUCUAUGCAGACCUUUCAAAUCUACAUUAGUGAGCGACAAAAGUUCAUGUUCACAGUGAGUCUGUGCAACUUACAAAGUUUCAAGAGUCUUUAUCAUUCAUAGAAAUGGAUAGAAACUAGUGACGGUAAAAAAAUGACAUCCAGAAAUCAAAAAUGGAGCAACAUAAUUUGCACAUUGGUUAGUUAUGGUGUUAACUAUUAUAUCGUUUUGGGAUAAAAUGUGCAAAACUACUGAUAGGUACUAUAAUAACUUGACAAAUGUAUUUGAUGUAGUAUGGAACUUUUUUUUACUUGUUUUUUAAACGCACAAUUUAGUCACCAGUCAACCGUUUAACAUUUUAUUUUCACAGAUCUGUAUAAAAAGUCAUUAUUCCAGUGGCCUUCAUAAUGUGAUGAGCUGUGUUUAGAUAGCGUGCCGGACUCUAGCUGCUCUUCAGGACUCUGUAGACCCGGUUCAACCCGACCCUGUCACCGAUCCUGUGCUGGCAUUUAAUUUAGGCUGUCAUAUGUGUGUGUCGCUGUUCGUCGUCAUCCACCUCAGUUCCUGGUAGCAUGUGGCUCGUCCUCACUCUGUCCCUGACACUGACUGUUUUAGAGUGUAAUCAACCCCACACACACACAGAUGAUCAUUCUUGGUUUUCUUUUCUCUCUCCUGUCUGUGUUCCAUUGCUGUUUAACCUAGGUUUGUCUCCCUGUUGUGUUUUUCUUUUUGUUUUUUCUAGAUCUCUUCCUGUUUGCCCUAGCAUGUUGAUGUGGCGUCACAGUUCAUCGUCCAGUCCUUGUCUUCUGCGCUUCUCUGAUGCUUCCAAAUUCACCUUUGACCUUGUGUUUGACAUUGAUUACUAGGAGGUUUUGUUUUGUUGUUUCCCCAUAUGUCCUCUGUGCUGCCAACAGGGGCACUAGAAAGACUGCCACUGAACAUGUUUGAAAGUUACAUCCCGAUUAUUAUUAUUAUUAUUAUUAGUAGUAGUAGUAUUAUGAUUAAUAUUAUUAUUAUUACAAGCAAAAAGAGAAUCUAUUUUUCUAGAACUGACUGACAUAACCACUAGAGUUUUUGCAAAAUCAGCUUGACAUGAGUCUGACCUUUAACUUUGUUUUUAUCUCCUGUGUUGUGGAGCAGUCCUCCCAGUGCCCCAUCCUCUGGUUUUGUUGUGUUUUUUUUUGUUUUUGUUUUUUUUGGGUGUGUGUGUGAAAGCAUCUAAUCUGUCUUUAGGCGGUGUUGUGUGAGAGUGUGAGUGUGUGAGUGUGUGAGUGUUGGUGUGUGUGUCCUAAGUUAGAAAAAGAAGAAAAAAAGUUUUCACGCGAGUUAGCGAUCAUGUGUUGUUGGACAUUUGUAAUUUAAUGCUAGGCUAGCUAAGAGUUCAUCUUUGGGAGUUCCCAUUUGAGUGAUGUUAUGAGGAGGUAACAUUUAUUGUCAGUGUUAAAAAAAAAAAAUUAAAAAAAAGAAUCAGUUUUUACUUUCAGCUUGUCGGCUCACCACCGCAAGCACAUGAUGCCGUUCUGCUCUUUUUUUUUGUGUGGAGAAUCAGACACAAAGACUUUUGUCACAGUAUAUUUAGUAUGCAUGUUUUUUUUUAUAUCUGCACUGAAAUUCUUGGCAAAAUGUGAUCUAGUUUGUGUUAAGUUAAAAAUGAUGAAUAAACUGGUGCCAAAUGUUUUGCACAAUCAGUAUUUUCCCCCCUUUUUAUUAUUGGACUUGCUUUACUGGUCAGACUUCAGGGGGUUGAUUUGGUGUGGCAGGCGGCUUCAUGAACAGCAGAUCUUUACUGAAGAACUGACUCAGGCUUGAUGUCAAGUUGAAUGGUUGCAACAUUAAAUCAUUUUUUUUAUCACAGACCAAUAUCAAACACAAGUGGCAUACUCAUUCUUAGUGGUGUGUACACUGUGUGUGUAUUCAUUGAAUAUAAUCCAGAAAAGCCACGGACUCGGUCAGCAGUCUUCCUGACCGGCGGACCAACAUUGUGACUUGUACUUGUACGUUGUGAGUGUAAUGUAUCCAUGAUCCAGCCAUGAUCUCAUCCGGCUUGAUUAAAACUUUAUUUUACUUUACAGGUCCAGUGGUCUCUCACAGUUCGCUAGACAGAAACUGAAAUGUAACUGUAAAAAUUCACACACUCACAAUUGUUAGUGUUACCCACACUAACAUUUUAGUCCGAGCACAGCAGGUCAGCUGAUCAGACAAAAAUGUGACAUUUGACUACAGGCAUCAGUAAUAAACCAUGACCUUCCAAGGUUCUAUCUGACUUUCUUUUUAGUUUAUUGAUCAUUAAGAUUGGGGUGUUGAGUAGUUCAGUUUGUAGAGCAUCCGCCCCAUGUUCAAAGGCUGAGCAGCGGCCCAGGGUUCAAAUCCAACCUGCGGUUCUUUGCUGCAUGUCGUUCCCCAUCUCUCUCUCUCUCUCCCCACUUUCCUGUCGCUCUUCAGCCGUCUCUCAAAAAUAAAGCUUGAAAAAAGCCAAAAUAUCUUUGAUUAACAUUUGUAUUGGUUUAUUUUUAACUGUGGUGCAUUUAUGGUCCCGAUAUUUAAAAAUAUAAAAUCUUGGUUCUACCUGCAAAGCACCAAUCUCCAAAUGUGCACAGGAAGACCAAUCAGAUUCACCCUGCUCUAUGACUGAGGUUAAAAAAAGCAAUCAUAGGUUUUGAAACCUCAGAGUAAGUUUUAUGGAAGAUAUUAUGACCAGUCAGCUUUUUAAAAUCUUGUUGGAACCUGUUAAAACUUUUAGCUACCAUGUAAGAUAGCUUGUUAAUCACACAGAUCAUGUUACUACUUGUUAGCAAGAGUUGAUCGUUAAUUUUAAAAGCUAUUAAAAUAAAGCCUUAUAUAAUAUUCUCCAAACAAACAUAUAAAGGACCAUAACUGUUUCAAGUAGCUAUUAACAAAAUGUUUUCCUAUAAACCAUUUUUUUCACGGAACAAAGGAUCCAAAGUUGUUCAAUCUCAGAAACUCAGAAAUGUGUUUUGGAUAAUUCCUAGAUAAAUGAGUUGCUUUCUACAGAGGUGUUAAGUCUUUGCCUGGAUAUCCAUCAUCCAAUUUUUACUCUCCACAAGGACUGUUUCAACCACGUACACGUGAUCUGGUCAAUGCUACUCGAACUACAGUACAAACAGAAGCCAGAGUGAUUCCUGUGCCAUGGUCUUGGUCCCUUGUUGCAGUUAUAUGCACAUAUCUCUUUGUACAUAUUAUUACAUUUUCUCUCAAGAAAUAACAUUUUACAAAUUGAAAAGGGUACAUGUUCAGUCAGGAACUGUCAGAUUAGAGUUACAAGAUGAUGAAGAAGAAAAAAGGUAAUAUGUCCCCAAGCAGACGUUUGAUGCAACUUCAAGUAUUGCAAAUCAGUGGUGGUAUGGAGACACUUGAAACUUCCUCUACUUCGGUCUUCCAUCAUGUUUGUUUUUUACAGUUAUGAGUUAUGUAGUACAGUAAGGCAGACACAAGACAUUUAGCUCCUACAGUUGCACUCCGUCACAGUGGUAACACAACAUCAGACAAUAGAAAAGCAGCUGGGAUGUUUAUUAGUUGAUUGCACAACUAAAUUGUGUCCAAUGUCUAAACAAAUUUGAACAAAUUCUGCCUGGAAGGUGGGAAAACGGCAGUGGCCUGGAAGGGACAGAGGUGAAUGUAACAAAUGAGACACAUAUUUUGUGACUUCUGGUCCAACAAAGUCUAUCCAGACUGACAUUUUGAGACUCUUAAACUCUCCAAACACUCUAACCUACACGUCAUCCUCACACUCACCUGUAUUUGAGUUGAUAGCUGUGAUAUCAGUGGAGUGUCACUGCUCAUUUUCUGUUACAGCAGAGGGUAUUUAUUAGAGAAUGGUCCAAUUGGCUAUCUAGUCAGAUCUUUAUAGGUGCCUCCAUAUAAUGUGCCUUUACAUAUUGUGUUAUUUUUCUCAUUUUUCAACAGUCUAUAUAUAUAGAUAUAGAUAUGAUAUGAUAUGAUAUGAUAUGAUAUGGCCCUUUGAUUUAGAUUUUCAUUAUCAAAUGUAUCUUAACGCAUGUCCGCGCAGCCACAUGAAGGAUGAGGGUUUUUGUGAUCCCGUGACAAACUGGAGCGUUGUCUGCUGUGAAGCUCCCACUGCAGCAAGAAAGGGUAAUCAGAUCUACACCAGGUUCAUUUCAGAAGGCUUUCCUGCCAUGUAACAUGGAUAACAUGAAUCCAGUAUUUCAUCCUGUGUGUAAUUUGAGUGAUAGUAUUCAUCCGUCAUGUUGCUCACUCAAACUGUUUGCAGACGAAAGCUCUGACCAAACUCUCUGCUCUUAUGGAUGAAAUACGAGCUGAUGAAGCCGUGUUUCUAUGAAGCUGCCUUUUGCUCCAUUUCAUUUAAAUAAAAGCAGUUUUUUUUUUCUUUCAGUUUUACGUUGUGAUUUUGAUGCAAGACCUCGUUAAAACGGAGCUCUUAAGUUUUAGAUUUUCUUUGGGGUUGGAUCUGUGUCUUCAGUGCUUGGGUUGUUUUGAAGCUUCAGAUAUUUGCAUUCUGCAACACAUGAAGCUACAGUGCUGUCAUUUCUGUGAGACGACUCUGUGAUCCCUACUGCUUGGUAGAUUGUUUGGUUUCUGUACGAAUAAAGUGUUUGAGAAAA